AUGACACCUACGCCGGUGAACAGUACAUCCGACGGCAGAUGGGACGCCCGCUACCGCCCAAUCAAGCCGAAGCUGCAGUCUCAGUCCCACGACAUCCCCGAAUCUGCUCCAGAUAACACGUCAAACACAUUUGCUGGCACUCAGGGGACUCCCACUCACGUCCAUCCCGGUGUUUCCCAAUACCUUCAUUCUCAGUACCGUUCCGCCAAUGGGUAUGGCGACAACACGGUGCCAGAUCCAUACGCCUUCGAUCCAAAUCUCAUGCACCCUGCGGCCUCGACACAUGUUGGUCACAACAAGUUCACUGCCUACGGGCUGGCCCAAUUGCGACACUAUCCAGCCAGUCAUCGAGCGGCUGAAGGUACUUAG